AUGAACAAACUCGACGAACUCAAGCACAACAUCACCGAGGAUGCGUUGAAGAACGGUGACAAGCAAACAUCCACCAACGGCGCCAUCUCCCGUGGACCAAGCCCCAAUCGUGGUUCCUCUCUUCGCGAUGUCGACGCCAUAGGGCCAGACUCGGAGAGCAAACGUGAAUGGCAGAAGAAGCGCGGCAUCGACACCUCCAAGCAGGUCCGGAUCACCAAGCUCAGCCACAUGCGGUACCAGCAUCCCGAUCUGAACAAGAUCACAACUUUCUUGAGAGACUUUGGCAUGCAUGUGGUUAAGAAAGGCGAAAACGAACGCUGGUUCCGCGGCUACGGCCCGGACCAAUACGUCUACUACGCCCGUCAGGGACCCAAGAAAUUCCUGGGCGGUGUCUUUGAGGUCGAGUCCAAGGAGGAACUCGAAAAGGCGUUGAAGGUCCCCGGCGGCACCGUCCUCACCAACGGCAUCGAGGAGAUGACCGACGCCCCCGGAGGCGGAUAUAUCGUCACACUUUCCGAUCCCGAGGGGUUCCCCGUGAGCUUUGUCUAUGGACAGGCAGAGGUCAAGGAAGAGAGGGCCAAGCCCGUGAAAUUGGUGCUGAACGACGAGACGGAUAAGCCCCGAUCGAAGGCUUUCCAGAGAUUUGAACCUGGACCGGCCGCCGUCCACAAGCUGGGUCAUUUCGGCAUCAAUGUCGACAACUUUGCCGUCCAGAUGGACUGGUACACGCGGCACUUCAACAUCUACCCUAGCGACAUCCUGUACGUGCCGCUGGACUCAAUCGACCCGGCCACGGGCAAACCGGCGCGCAAGGAAGUGGCCCUGUUCGCCUCGAUCGACCGCGGCCAAGAGUGCGUCGACCACCACACCUUCUUCAUGACGACCACCGUCCCGGGCAAGGAGAAGCACGUGCACCACUCGUCGUUCGAGGUGCACGACUUCGACACCCAGGCCCUGGGCCACCAGUGGCUCGCCGAAAAAGGGUACGAGCCCGUCUGGGGCGUCGGCCGCCACAUCCUCGGCUCCCAGAUCUUCGACUAUUGGUGGGACGUCACGGGUUUCAUGGUCGAGCACUACGCCGACGGCGACCUCGUCAACGAGGACACCCCCGUUGGCUACGGGCCCGCGGCCCACGAGGGCUUGGCCGUUUGGGGACCCGAGGUGCCCCAGACAUUCCUGGAGUAA